GAAGCGCCGGAGGAAUACGAGAAGAUGCAGAAGAAGAAGUCUUACGACGCCGCGGCGAAGCGCAGAGACGAGGAGAGAGUCAAGCAAGGCAUCGACCCGAGCAAGAAGCACCUCAUGAUGACCGCGGAGGAAGCCGCUGUGUCGUACAAGAAGAAGCAAAAAAAGUACAAGACGGCGGUCGGCGGCGAGAUUCACAGCAAGCACAACUUGUACCAGGCGUACGAUAAGCGCACGAAGAACAUUCAGGUGAACGAGCAGGAGUACGAGACGAUGAAAAACACGGUCGGGGAGAGAGCGUUUUACGCGGACCCAGAAGUCGCGGCGUACGGCGGCGAAGGGAAGGUUGCCCCGGACGCGGUCGAUCGCAUGGUCGCCGAGCUCGAGGAGCAAAAGAGAAAGCGCCUCGACUUUUCGCGGCGCCGGAAGUACUACGAGGAGAGGGACGUUUCUCACAUCAACGACCGGAACGCGCACUUCAACAAGAAGAUCGAGCGCGCGUUCGGGGAGCACACGAAGGAGAUCAAGGCGAACCUGGAGCGCGGGACCGCGCUGCCGGAU